AUUGAUUUAAAGUCUUCUUCAUAGAAAUGGCAACUCCAUAUUUAGACACAGAAGCCAUUUUAAAUGCCGCAGAGCUAGUGAACUCAACCCUUAUUUCAAAAGGAUAUAUAUCGAAUAAACUUUUAUUUAAUUCAAUUAAUUGGAAGGACUUAUGUGAAGGACAAUCGUUUGAUGAGGUGAAUAUCACUGAACCAAUAUAUAAUAACGAUAAGAAUACUAUUAAUAUUAUCUAUUCACUUCUUCAAUCCAUAGAGCGCAACGCCACUCAGAAUAAAACCUUCAAUAAGAUUGUGGCCCAAAAGGAUGAUAUGAUUACUUCAUUGAACAAAAAGAUUGCAUCACUUGAACAAAAAGUUGAUUCUUCUGAAUCAAAAUUAGAACAAUUCACUCAAAUUGAACGUACCAAACUCACCUCAAAGCUUCAAGACUUGACCCGAGUUAACAAGUUGCAGAAUCAAGAUUUAAUUAAAUUGAAACAUUGGUGUAAUGAUAUUAAAUCUAAAUACACAGUUGAACUUAAAAAGAAGAAUUUGGAGAUUAAUCAAUUGAAAGAUAAAUUAUUAGAAAAGCGGAAUCUUUCUAGCACAUUAACAUUAGGAAUACCGUUGACGAAUAGAGCUUUAGUUGACUCUACUUAUUCAGAACCUGUAAAGGUUAAUCCUGCAAUUGUUUACAACAACAGCCCCAACACCAACAACGUUCCUGGGGAUAGUGGUAAUGGUAACGAGACUUCAUCUCUCCCAUUUAAUAAAGAGUAUGAAAGUAUGAUGGUGGACUUAACUCAAUUAAUAGAGAAUCUAAUUGGUGAGAACUUUAAAUUCUCAAAAUUUAUUCAACAUAUUAACAGUUAUUAUCAUGAAUUAAAUAUUCAAAUAUCAAGUUUCAACAAUAAUAAAAGAUCAAUUGAAAUACCAAAUCCUUCGGACUCAAUUGAUUUAGAAGACUUGGCUUCCAUUGCAGAAUCAAGUGCACAUGCUUCUGAUUUGGUCAAUGAACUAGAAUCAUUUGAAUUCGUAUCGAAGCCCUUACUCAAUAAUAUUUAUAAAAAUUAUCAUUAUAUUUCCGACCUCGUUACUAAUGUCACUGGUUCUGAAAAUAGGGGUGGGAACUCAUCAACAAAUCAGAAAACCAUUGAAGCGUUAACCUCUGAAUUGGAAAUUGUUAGGAAAAAUUGGCAAGAUGCUAUACUGACACUAGAAAAUUGGAAGAAAUACCCCAAAGAAAGUUAGAUAAUU